UCUUUUUUCUUCGAUUGCGCUCGUCAACGACGCUGCAACGUCGGAGAAAGGAGAGCGGACAGUCUCUCGGAUGCCCUCGAGUGAGGGUGACCGCCAAGCACAGACGCGGCAGGAGCGACCGACGACGGGAAGUGCGCACCGUGCCCUCAUCAUGUGACGCACAUUUAGUACAAGUUUGAACCGUUCACGCUGGUGCGCACACGUUCAUUCUCUCGGCAUCCAUGGGUCGGUGGGCCAGAAAUCGCGCGUUAAAAAACGUCAUCGCCAUGAACUACCGAGCGCCGCCGCCGGCGACCGACCAGCAGGCACGGGGCCCACGCGCUGACUCGCUCGAAUGGGAUUGGGACGAGAUGCCCGACGACGCCGCGGUGCAGAUGGACUUGUUGGCCGGGGUUGAGGCCGCCGCGACAAACGCCCUGAUGAGCGACACCGACACACUGUUCGAGGACGAGGCGCUGGGCGCGCUGCUCACUGGCGAGACGACGGUCGAGCCGCUGGGAAGUAUUGGAGGGGAUUCCGACAUGCUGGCGACGAACGACGACUCGGACAAGCCGCUGCCCCCCUCCGUCUCUGUCGUGGACUCCACCGUGCCCCCCAAGGCGUUUUCCAUCCGAGAGGCGCUCCACGCCGCCGCAGCCGCCGCCGCAGCCGCGCAGCCCGACGUCAUCGUCGUCGUCGACCUGUACGCGCGCGUGCUGCACUCCGCGCGCGACAACUUUUCCCGGCAGCGACAGCAUUUCCAGUUUGGCGACCUGCUCGGCGGGCCCGCCCUCCUCGCCGGCACGCUCGCCGACUAGCAGCGGGACGGGCGCGUCGACGUGGACGCGCGGGCCUUCCUCGACGCACCCCAGUGCCGGCGGGCGCUUUGCCGGUGCGCCCCGCGGCGGGACGACCGCUCGCCCUUGGGCUGGACGGUGCGCGUGCACGAGGUGCGGCCGGUGACGUGGGGCGAGAUAUCGGACGCGCUGGACGCGCUGGGGAGGGAUGACAUGGACCGGGUGGCCCGUCCGGGUCCGGGGGCGUGCUGAAUUGCUUCCUUUUUCUUUUGGACGACCGAUUACGAGGGCGGGAUACAUGGAACGAACUGAAUGCAUUUGAAGGGUACGUUAACCAACCCCUGACGGAGAGGGGCCGGUGGAUCAAUGAACCGGAUCGGAUGUCUAUUGUCUAUUUGUCUCAGACGCCGUCUUACCAUGCCUACAUGUACGUGCUUCGUAUACCUCGAGCCUACGCCUUAAUCUUCAGAAACGGC